GAGUUCACCCCAUCGCGUGGCACCACUCCAGUGCACCAUUCUUUCGCCACCCCUGUGAUGACCAAUAGCAUUCCUGGUUCUGCUGCCGAGCCAUAUCCAACAGAAAGGAAAAAGAAACUGUUGGAGCUUUUUCGCGAAAGUAUCAGAGAACACAAAGAUGGUGGCGAAAACAAUGAAGGAGACAAACCAAUUAUACAGGACUUUCUACUAUCUAAAUCUGCAAACAGCACUCCAUAUUUCUCAGAGACUAACUCUGCAGGCAGCGCUGUUAAAUCUAAGCAGCGGUGCCUGCCGAGCUUGGUGCCGUGCCGCAGCUUCAGCGAGAGGCGAAGGAAGGGGAGUCCGGGUCCGGCAAUCGCUGCUAAUGGGAAGGCUUGAGUCCUCCUGUUGCAAUCUUUAUUAGCAAACAUAAAUCUUCCGCAUCUUGGAAGAUGAAGUCAAUGUGAUAUAUACGAUAAAUGUAUGUAAAAAUCUUUAGUAUAUGGCUGUAAAAAGCAAUGUAGAAUUAUAUUAUGAAUUUGGAAGGAAAAAAAAAAGAGAAAAGAAAACACACAUAAAGGAAGAGAUUUUUAUUUA